UCUCUCUGCAGCACACCGAGACACACCGGGGUGUUUGUUGUACAGAAGGUGGAAAGAAGUGCAGCAGAUGUGGAGGAUCUCCUGACAGGUGCACCUGCUAAAUGAAGAGAAUUUAUGUUGGACAUAUUUCUAACUGAAGAUCAACGGUGCUGAACUGAACCACAGCUGCAGAAUGGCAGCUGCCACGAAGCUCCUGGAUGAGAUGUGCCACCUGACGGCUCAGUCUCUGACAGCGAUGGACACAUCGGAGCACUUCCAGGUCCUAAAGCUGCUGGGUGAAGGCUCGUAUGGCAAAGUCAUGUUGGCUGUACACAGGAAGAGAGGUACUCCGAUGGCUCUGAAGUUCUUCCCUCGUGAGUCCACGUCUCUCUUCUCCUUCCUGAGGGAGUACAACCUCUCUCUCUCCUUCUGCACUCACCCGUCGCUGACCAGAGCGCUGGGAAUCGCCUACUCCACGCCUUCACACUACGUCUUCGCUCAGCAAGCAAGCCUCUUUGGCGACCUUUACGACGUCAUCUUGCCCGAGGUCGGUAUGGAGGAGGACUCUUGUCAGCGGGUGGUGUCCCAGCUCUGUGGCGCUCUGUCCCACCUGCACUCUCUUGGCUUCGUCCACAGAGACCUCAAACCAGAGAACGUCUUCCUGUGCGACUCCGCCUGCCGCUGGGUCAAACUGGGAGACUUUGGCAUGGUGAAGGCCGUGGGCACAAGGGUGCCGGAGGUCUGGUACAGCUCUCCUUACUGCACCCCCGAGUCCGAGAUCGCUCGCGGUAACGAGGACAGCUGGAGCAGCGAGGGCGAUAGAAAGUGUGCCGUCAAGGAGGAUGAAGAGGGGAAGAAGAAGGCGAGAGUUUGGGUGUCCGUGGAGCCCAGCACGGACAGCUGGGCGUUGGGGAUCCUGACCUACGCCAUGCUCACCGGCAGUCACCCCUGGGCCGAAACCGCCAGCGACUGCCGGUCGUACCUGAAGUACCGGGAGUGGUCCGACAGAGCGGAAGGCCUCGAUGACGACGAACUGGACGUGUGGGCGGGGCCGCAGGGCGAGGGCGGUUUAAUCGGUGCAGGACUUGCGGAAAAGGACGGGCCUCCCGUGGCGCCCCAGUUCGCGAGUUUCACCCCGCUGGCCUGCAGCUUCUUCCGGACGCUCCUCGACCCGACGCCCCGGCUCCGCAGGCGACCCGAGGUUGCGCUAAAUUACCUCGGAGGGGAGUGGGUGAUGGAGAAGGAGAGGGCGAGGCUGGAGGAGAAGAGGAAGAAGAGCGGAGGGAAAGGGGCGAUCAGGAACAUGAAAGAGAAAGAGGGGAGAGGAGAGAGAUAAGGAGUCAAAAUAAUGAGAACAUGAAAGCAACUCGUCACUUUUUACAUGACAACACGUGUUUUAUAAAGAAUAUGUGAUGUUUAGCUUAUUAAACCUGAUUCAUAUUGUUUUUAGUUCAGAGUUCAGCAACAUAGUCUGUUGUGCCUUUAAAAGCCAUUAUGGUCAUAAGAUCUUCUGGUUCAAGUGUCUCAAAGUUGAGAAUUUGCCGCUGUUUUUGGGGGUUUUCAUGACUGUAGAUUGUGACAAAUAUUUGUAAAUAUAUCCCUAAUAUUUCAACGUUAAUACAAACUAGACUACUAUAUAUCACGGUGUGAAAAGAAGCUACUCUUCAAAUGGUUUGAGAGCAACUGUGUUUAUUCGUGCUGUAAUAAAAAUGAAUAGCUGUAACGCUAUCAUGUCCUUGUAAAAGAUACCACCUUUAGUGCUCUGCGUCUAUAUUUGGGUUUAGACUUUUGAGCGUAUUCAUCACAGUAGGUUAUGAACUGUAUAUAGACUGUUUUUAUAGCCAACACGUCUGCCAGCAACUGAGAGGUGCAGUUCCAAAACACUUUGACCCAGUUCCAAGUCAUAAAAAAAAGUUUCAAAUGACAUAAAUAUUUCAUAAAAAUAAGCCUAUUCAAAGGCUCUUUCUGGAAGUAAAUAUUUAUAUGCUGCAUUUAUUUCUUCAGCAUCGUAAACGUAGUUGGCAGCAGGCCACUUUAAGCUAACGCUAGUUUUGUGUUUUAGCUUGCUAGCCUAAGCUGCUGUAGCACUUUGUACGUAACCACAAACCGCAUAUUCUUUCUCUUUAUCUUGUUCAUUUAUUACAUUUAAUGUAUUAAAUUCAAUAUAACCAGUUUGUGAUUUCAGAUAAAAAAGUCGCAAUUUAAAAAUCUGUCUGCUACUUCAGCACCACGGACAGCUCCAUGGAUUUACUCAUCAAUACACAUCACAGUGAGAGACAGUCCUACUGAAUAUAACAAAAAUACUGCAGCGUUAUUGACACAAUGUAUGUUUAUUUGUGUAUCUACAGACAUGUGUAGUCUAUAAAAUAUAUUUUAAAUGCA